UUUUUGUAACUUGAUAACUAAGUUAUGAAUAAAUUUUUCUUAAAAAAGAAAUUGUCUUGGAAAACGAUUACGAAUAUGUCGAUUAAAGAACAAGUAGUUGUUAUGAUGAAUUACUUAAAGAUCACUUUUCUUUGUACUAUCUAUUUUCUCAGAUUUUUUGUUGUUUUUUUUUCUUUCAUACUACAUGAGAUAAAAGAUGCAACUUUUUAACAUUCUCAAUUAUGUGUAUUUUAAUAAAAUAAAAAUAAAUUAAUAUUUUAAUGGUGAGCUUUAAAAAUUGGGUUGUGAAAUAACAUAUUUAGUAAUUAUUUAGAUUAAAACAGUUACGUGAUAUUCACGUGGAAUCCACGUGAUUUACAUGGAUUACGUGGAUGCAGGUUUUUCCACAAGUUAUCCAUGUGGAUGCAAUGUUUAUUUUUCAUCACUGCAUCAAAUUCUUUCAUCCUCGAAAUAUCUAUUAGAUUUUCUGUGGAUAUAUCUGUUAAGAAAUAUUUAUAGGGAAUUUACACGGAUAUUUCGAGAAAUGCCACGCGCUUGUCCGCCAGUUAGUGCACAGCACCGUCGACAGACGGUGUAAUUCUCUCGAGAGUAAGGUACACCCAACGCGCUAUAUAAAGACCACCCGUAGCACGAUUAAGACAAACAAUAAUUAGCUUCCUGCCCGAUGUGAAAGAGGACUGCCAUAUAAUACUUUUAUGAUUUAUUCAUUUUAGUUGAGUGAACGAUUCGCUACAAGAAAAGUGACCUUUAUUCCAGUCAAAUGAAGAGAUCACUUAUUGAGCGAAAAAUUCAUUCUUAUAAAAAGUGAGAUGUCACUCCAUUUCAAGUGGCUGUAUUUUAAGUGGCUGUAUCGCUUAAACUAAAAUUCCAUUUAUUUGGAGUGACGUUUCACUCCAAGAAAUUUAGAGAGUACGUGUAUAUUACGAGAAUGUUUCUAAAUUUCGUAAAAUUUUUACGUGGUUUCUACGUCGAAUCUAUAAUUGCAUCCACAUAGAUUCUAGUACCGUUUUUGAGCGGAUACCUACUCACUCAAACAUUCACGUGGAUUUCACGAUGCCAAUCCACAUAGCAUUAACGUGGAUAACACCUACUGUUUUAUUGGGAAUCGCGCUACCUUGACUUUGACGUAUAUUAUAUAAUAAACUUUUUAUAAUUUUAUAACCUUGACAUAUAUGAUCAAGACCGUGAUUAUGAGUAAUGUACGAAAGGUUUUAGUUAUCAUUGCUCGUUAAAAAAUUAUUAACAAUUAAAUGUUUAAGAAGUAUAGCAGUGUGGUUUAUAUUUGUACUGUUUCACAUGAUUUUUCGACACGAAAUGAGAAUAUAUCUUAGGAGACAUCGCGUCCUAAUAAUCUUGACUUUGAUAUAUGUACAACAUAUUAAAGUCAAAGUCAUUAAAUACUCUAUUAGCGCAAUGUCUAUGUCUAAUAGUUCAAUUUUUUAAAUUGCUUUAAAUAUCCUUAUUUAAGAAUUUAAAAAAUUAUAUUAAUCUGAAUAAAAUCUGAAAAAUUAUCUAAAGUGUUAAAAAAUUUUUUUACGAAAAUUCUGAACAACUUUGAAAAAUUUCGAGAAAAAUUUUUUCUAGAACUGUCUCUUUGUGUGGAUAUGCAUGUAGAAUAUAAAAAAUACAUCUCUUUUGGAGAUAGCACGGGCUCGUUUUUCUAGAGAAUGCUACAUUAGAAAUCACACCUUUGCGAAACGACCUCACACUUUCACCCUUGCUCCUCGACGACCGUUACGUUAAAAAAGACGCCGAUUUUCCAUUGGGUGAACUUCACGUGGUCAAACGAUCAUCGCUGAGAUUAUUGCCUAUUGAUUCAAAUUUUGGUGCGACGCAACGUCGAAUGCGAAAUGCAAAAGAAAAAUUAACAUUAGAGUUGGCAAUUUUUUUUGACGAAGCCGCAUAUCAUCUAUUUUCGCCUUUCUUGAAUGGAGAUGAUGAGAAGAUUCGCGACAUGUUACUAGCGUACGUGAAUGGUAUCCAAGCGUUGUAUCAUCAUCCGAGUCUCGGUGUUCCAAUUGAUAUCUUAUUAACACGAUUAGACAUUAUUCAGAAGCAACCGUUUGAUUUACCGCACUUUGGCGGCGAGAGAGGUAGCUUGUUGGACUCAUUUUGCAAUUACGCGAACACUCGUAAUCCUUUGGAGGACGCUAAUCCACGUCACUGGGACAUGGGUCUUUACGUGACCGGACUGGAUCUUUAUGCAAUCGAGAACGGAAGAAAAAAUAGCGCCACUAUGGGGCUGGCUACCGUCAGUGGUCUAUGCAUCCCGCGAUAUUCCUGCGUAAUAGCAGAAUUGGGAGUUACGGAUCAACUUGGAAAGCCAUAUCCGUCCGCGGGUUUUACAUCAGUUUAUAUCGCUGCUCACGAAAUCGGUCACAAGUAAGUUAUAUAACAUGAUAGAUAAGAUAAAUAGUCCAAUUAUUGACACGCCGGAUGUUUUCUAUCGAAAAAAUCGGAAAUUUUUCAAAUUUAGAUUUUAUUUUUGGAACCCACACAGCACACUUUAUCCUGAGGAUAUCCCCAGGUUAUCGAGAUAUCCAAUUGGACAUAUUGUAAUUCCAUGGAUGUCCUACGGUUAUUGCAAUAUCUUUCGGAUAUCUGGUGGAUAUUGCGAUAUCAUGUGCUGCGUGGGCAUGUAUUUUCAUAGAAUUUUGAUACUCAAGAAAAUUUUAGAAAAACUACUUUUUAAAAUUUAAAUUUUGUCUCUUUUGUUCUGAUAAAAUUAUUUUUUUGGUUAUUUUUUU